AAAAGUCUUGCCCCCUCCUCUCCCUUCUAUUAUACACAUUAUAUAUUGUAUAAUGUAUAUAUCUAUAAAGCCAACCUCUUUCCAUAUGCAGAAUCAAAACACACACAACUAUCUGUAUUACCUUCUUCAAGUGUCAUAAAACCAAACUCUUCUUCAAUAAAGAGAAAUAUAAGAGAGAUGGAUAAAGGGGUAUUUCUUGAAAAGACAAAAGAGAGAUCAUUAAAGAUAACACCGUCAUGGGCAGUUGCAGUGGUAGUGUUUGUGAUACUUGCCAUUUCAAUUGCUCUCGAAUACAUACUUCAUCUCAUCGGCCAUUGGUUGCAACACAAACAGAAAAAAUCACUUCAUGAAGCUCUUGAAAAGAUAAAAGCAGAGUUGAUGCUUUUAGGGUUCAUAUCAUUGUUGCUAACUGUGGGUCAAGAACCAAUUGCUAGUAUAUGUAUUUCAAGUAAAGUUGCAAGAACAUGGCACCCUUGUAAUGAUGAUAGUGCCGACACUGACUUUUAUGAUCCUUGUCUUAAGAAGGGAAAGGUACAAAUGGUGUCAAACUAUGGGAUACACCAACUCCACAUAUUUCUCUUUGUGUUAGCUGUGGUUCAUGUCGCGUAUUGCCUUCUUACUUUGGCUUUGGGAAGACUCAAGAUGAGGAGGUGGAAGGCUUGGGAAGAUGAAACAAGGACAUCUGAAUAUCAAUACCAUCACGAUCCCGAAAGAUUUAGAUUCGCAAGAGAGACGACAUUUGGACGUCGACAUUUAAGAUCUUGGAGCACAUCGUCAAUUCUUAUGUGGAUUGGUUGCUUUUUCAGACAGUUCUUCUCAUCAGUAGCAAAAGUUGAUUACCUUACCCUUAGACAUGGCUUCAUCAAUACACAUUUGAAUCAUUUGAGUCCCGAAAGUCAACAUAAGUUUGAUUUCCACAAAUAUAUCACCAAAUCACUCGAAGAAGAUUUUAAAGAAGUCGUUGGAAUAAGUCCUAUAGUAUGGUUUUUUGCCGUUUUGCUCCUUCUCACAAACACCCAUGAUUGGUAUGCAUACCUUUGGCUGCCCUUUAUACCGCUAGUUAUAAUACUUUUGGUUGGAGCCAAGCUACAAUUAAUCAUAACACAAAUGGGGAGGAGGACUAAUGAUAUGGCCGAUGUGGUGAAGGGUACACCUGUGGUUAAGCCUGCGGAUGACCUCUUUUGGUUUGGUCGACCGCACCUUGUACUCCUUUUGAUCAACUUCGUUCUCUUUCAGAACGCGUUUCAACUGGCUUUUCUUUGGUGGAGUUGGGAUACAUUCGGUUUCACUUGCUUCCACCGUCGAACUGAAGACAUUGUAAUCAGGAUCACCAUGGGGGUCGUGAUACAGUUUCUUUGCAGUUAUGUGACACUCCCGUUAUACGCCUUAGUAACACAGAUGGGUUCAAGAAUGAAACCAACUAUUUUUGGUGACAAUGUAGCAAAAGGACUAAAAACUUGGCACCAUACAGCCAAGAAAAAUAUCAAGCAUGGACACCACUCUAGCACAAACACACCAUUCACAAGCAGACCCGGAACCCCACUUCAUGGGAGUACAUCCCCAAUAAGUCUGUUGCAUAGGCACCAAGAAGACAGCCUUGAUAGCCCUUCAGAAUCUCCAAGAGGUGAGCACGAGGGUUGGGCCAACGAGUCUUCUUUAAACGACCGGUACCAAUACCAUGAACCCGAAAACUUCAGAAGAGACAGCCACACUGAUCUUGAGGAAGAAGAGAUUCAAGAACUUGGCCCGACAUCCACCCGGUUGCCAUCCAGACCAAGACCUGUUAGAAGUCAAAGUGCAGUUGAUAUGACGGAGUUCUCAUUCGGCCAGAGUAAGUAGAUAUAUAUAUAUAUAUAUAUAUAUAUAUAUAUAUAUAUAUAUAUAUAUAUAUAUAUAUUUUCUUUUUUGUUUUUAAUGAAUACAUUCAUAGCUAGUUGCGUUUGAUGUACUAUUCUCUAUGUGCUUGUGCUGUUGUAUACUGGAUCUUUUUUCGAUAUACUCAACAUGUAAGUUUAAAGCCAACGUAGAAUAAGUGAAACAGUU